AUGUCCUGCUCCAGCCUGAGUGUCCCUUCAUGUGGGGUGGCCGCCCCGUACCCGCUGGCUGACACCACCAACGAGCCCUGUGUGCGUCAGUGCCAGAGCUCCUCGGUGGUCAUCCAGCCCCCAGCCACGGUGGUCACCUUCCCCGGACCCAUCCUCAGCUCCUUCCCACAGCACAGUGCUGUGGGCUCAGCGGGAGUCCCUGCCAUUGCUGGGGGCUAUGGUGGCAGUUAUGGAGGCCAUGGUGGUUAUGGAGGCUACGGGGGCUACGGGGGCUACAGGGGCUAUGGAGGCUAUGGCGGCUACGGGGGCUAUGGAGCCUAUGGUAGCUGUGGAGGCUACGGAGGCUUUGGGGGCUAUGGAUAUGGAGGCUGGCGCCGAGGCCGCUCAUACCUUGGUGGCAACUGCGGGGCCUGCCAACCAUACACUGGGUACAGCCACAGACAUGGGAGAGCUCUAGAAAAUACCCUGGCACAUUCAGACAUGACGCUCUGUGGAAGAACAUCCCUUCAGCACUGCUGGGAUCCAGAGCUUGGAAGUCUCUGGUCUGCUUGA